AUGUUUUCCGUUUGUCGACGAAGUUCCAGUAUAAUAUAUCGCAUUGGAAAUCAAACAACAAAUCUAGAGAAAAUAAAAGCGAGAAGAUUCUAUUUCACACGACAUGUUCCGGAACCAAAAAUGCAAAUUCAUUUACCAACAGUUCAAGAACCCGAACAAAUCGAAUCGAUAGUUUUCUCGGAUGGUUCGGUAGAUGAAAACAAGCCUGUUAUUUUAUUAGUUGGUUGGGCUGGAGCAAAUCCAAAACACAUUGAGAAAUAUGUCAAGUUUUAUAAUGACGAAGGAUAUCGAGUUGUUUCACUUUGCCCACCAUGUUAUCAUUAUAGUAUUCCAAAUUCGCGUGUUGGUUUUUAUAUGUCACCUCUUUUCCGAGCGAUUGACGCGAAACCCGGUGAUUUUCGAACAUUCAAGAGCUGGUGAGCAAGAAAACCCCUAUUUUUAAACUUGAACUGAUUUUUGCAGCCCAAUAAUUGUUCAUUCUUUCUCAAUGAAUGGUGUUCGUGGAAUCAUCUCAUUCUUCAAAUGGACAGAAGCUGAAGAAAAACCCGAACUUCGAGAUCGUAUUCGAGGUGUCAUAUUCGACAGUGCUCCAUCUCGCCCUUAUGGUCGACAAGAUGCCACUGCAAUGGUUCUUUCAACUCCUCCCAUCGAUAUGUUUGAAAAAGUCAGCGAAAAUACGCGAAUCUCGCUGCUCACCGCGUUUUUGAACUUGCGAGCAACUCUACAAAUUCCACUUUUGGCAAUGGUCCCAUUUCUUCGCUCAUUUUUAUCGAUCUAUUACUAUCUACAGGAUCAUAUCAAACUCCCGAAAGAGCAAUUGUAUUUGUAUUCAACGGGCGACACAAUGAUCAAACAUAAGUGAGUUUUGAUUUUUUUUAUUCUGAGUUAUGACGUGGCAAACUUUGAAAAUUCGUUACUUUAUAAGGUUCGUCCAGGAUAAAGCUCUGAUUAUUUUGAUAGAUCAGAAAAUUUGUGACGUUUUUUCUGAACAGAGCUUUGUUGGAUUUUGAUUCAAAUAACUAAAUUUAUACCAAGUAAUUCAAAUUUUGCCACGUCAUGCUCGAACAUUUCUGGUAGAUUUAUAUCCGCUGAUUUCCAGACACGUCGAAAAAUUCAUCACCAAACAACAAGAGAAAGGCGCCAAUGUUCAAUCGAUAAAUUUUGGCGAAUCCGAUCACUGCGCGCACAUUCGAAAAGAUCCCGAUUUGUACAAAAGUGCCUGUUUGAAUUUUGUCAAAAAAAUCGAAAAAUCUGAAUUGCUCAUGUAA